CCGCAGACAGCUGCGGAAACGCUCAACUAGCUAGUAUAUUUAGCAACCAACCCGCUAACCAUCUGUACUCAACAUAACACACAAAAUGCUGGAAAAAAAACUUAGCAGGCCGGGCAGCAUUUAUGGGAAAAGGUACAGUCGACAUUUCGGGCCGAAAGCCUCUGGCAGUCGACUGUACGUUCUUCCGUAGGUGCUGCCUGGCCCUGCCGUGUUACUCCGGCAUUUUGUAUGUGUUGCUCGGAAUUCCGGCAGCUGCAGAUUUUCUCCUUUGUGUAUUCAACAUGAGUGUGAUUUUGUAAAGGCCAAGUCCCAAAUAAAUGGAAGAAAGGAAGAGGAACUUGUCCGCACGCAGUGAUCUUGUAUAACGUCAGCUCAUUGACCUGAGAGGUUAACUCACACCGAGCGCUCCUGGACGGCGGAGGAUUUUCAAUCGCCUCCAUCCUUUGUGCGGCUGAACCUGCCUCCUCCGCGUUCCCCGGCCGGGAGUCUUCGCAGGGAACGCGCGUGCGCAAGCUGUAACAACCAUGAGCGCCAACCCAUCCAAGUCAUUUAAAGUGAAGAGCUUGAACAAGGACACAAAGUACGGUAUCGUGGCCCGCAACUUGGACGAGCUGUUAGAAAAAGGAUGUAAGAAAUUGCAGCUGCCACAAAACAAAUGUCGUGUGUGCCUAAAUGAAGAUGGGACAGAAAUUGAUGCAGACUAUUUCUUAACCUUGAAGGAUAACUGCGAGCUCAUCAUUCUGGAGGAAGGGCAAGAGUGGAAAGAAGCAUUUCUUGUCUCUUUGGAUAUUGUUUGCAAUUCAUUGAAUAGUAAAGAUAGUGAAAAACUAACUCGGAUUGCAAACCAAGAGCUUUUUGGCGAGAGUUCAGCCAAGAGACGGAAAUUUCUACGGGAUUAUAUUAUAUUAGCUGGUGAAAAUACUUCGGCUGAAAAUCGUGACGAAGAUGCAAAUUGGUUUGAAGGUGUGGAAUCACGAUUCAAAACUAAAUCACAAUACAUGAGAUACAACUGUGCCCAUCGAAUGAGAAAUUAUCUGAGAGAGGUUAAGAGCCAUUCGAAAGAACUUGCUGGAGACAAGGGGAAAAUGUAUGAUACUUUUGUGAAAAGAAUCGAGAGACACCUUAAAGAUAAGCGUUUCAAUGAAUGGUACUUUGACAGGAAAGCAAAUGCAAAUGAAGGAAGUCCGCUUUGUGAUUCUGACGGAUAUUUUAAGUGCCAGGGGUCAUUUGACAAACAAUCCUGUGAGUUUUUUCAUUGCAUUAAUCCAUAUAGUAGCAGGGGAAACAGAAUUGAGUUCAGCACCUGGAAUCUGGAUCAUCGAGUGGAGAAGAAACGGGUUAUAAUUCCAGAUAUCGUCAAAGCUGUGGAAAAUAAGGACACGAAUGAUAACAAGGUUAUAGAAUUCUAUGAACUUUUGUUUACUAUAAAAAAUCUGAAGCUAGUUGACAUCUUCUGCCACGAUAAAAAGAAGCACAAUCUUUCUGCAUGAUUUACCUCUGAUGUGCAAAUGAAGGUUGAAUAUAUGUAAUGAUUUUAAGAAAUGAUGUAAUCAAUACCAAAUUGUGCACUCUUUUAUCAUUUUAUCAACAUGAUCAUUGACUGUGAUUACUGUCUACGACAGAUUAUUUAACAUUGCGGAAAUAAAUUAAAUAUUUACUUUUGUCUCA